AAACUGAAAGGUAAAUUAGUAUUGCCACUCCUAGAACUUAUUACCUGUUUGUCAAACCUGAAGACAUCAACUACCCUUAAUAAACAGCCCAUAACACAGCCCGCUGCUGCAGAUGAACCACGGGACGGUGGCUUGUAACAAUUUAUCGUCAUCAUAGCCCAAAGCUCACUGAUGAUCAAAUGGACAAUGAAUUAUCUGCAUUCCCUCCAAAAACCACUUAAUCAACAGCAUUACUUAUUUUUUAAUCCCUUUAUUCUCAAAGCUCAAACCCUCUAUUUUUCUAAAUUUGUUAACUUUAUUCACAACCCUGCUCAAAUUAACCAACAUCAAAACAUCACUACUUUCUCAAGCUCUGAUUUUCACUCAACACCCAUCUCAAUAUCCUACUCUAACCUACUUUUCCAAUGCACUGCCUCAAAAGCCUCGACUCCAGGCAAAGAAAUCCAUGCCCGUGUAAUCAAACUGGGUUUGUCGCAAGACCCCAAAAUAAGAAAUCUUUUGAUCAAUCUUUACUCGAAGUGCCAGUUCUUCAAGUAUGCACGGAAGAUGGUUGAUGAAAGUACUGAACCAGAUUUGGUUUCUUGGUCUGCUUUGAUUUCUGGGUAUUCACAAAAUGGGUUUGGUAAAGAAGCAAUUUCGGCAUUUUAUGAGAUGCAUUUGCUGGGUGUUAAGUGCAAUGAAUUUACUUUUCCUAGCUUACUUAAGGCUUGCACGUCUACAACGGAUAUGUGGCUUGGGAGGCAGGUUCAUGGGACUGUGGUGGUUACUGGGUUUGAAGAUUACGAGUUUGUUGCAAAUAGUUUAGUUGUUUUGUACGCAAAAUCUGGGGAGUUUGGGAAUUCAAGGAAGAUUUUUGAUGCAAUUGUAGAACGAAGUGUUGUUUCUUGGAAUGCUUUGUUAUCUUGUUAUGCGCAGAGUGAUUCAUGCGAAGAAGCAGUUGUGUUGUUUCAGGAUAUGAUUUUGAGUGGAAUAAGGCCUAAUGAGUUUAGUUUAUCCUGUAUGAUAAAUGCUUGCACUGGCUUGGAGGAUAGCAGUCAAGGAAGAAAGAUUCAUGGGUACUUGAUAAAGCUUGCCUAUGAUUUAGACCUAUUCUCAGCAAAUGCUCUUGUUGACAUGUAUGCAAAAGUAGGGACUCUUGAAGAGGCUAUCCGUGUAUUUGAGGAAAUUGCAAAACCUGAUAUUGUUUCAUGGAAUGCUAUUAUUGCAGGUUGUGCUCUUCGUGAGUACCAUUGUUGGGCCUUGGAGUUGUUUGGGAAAAUGAAUAGAUCGGGAAUGUGCCCAAAUAUGUUUACCAUAUCAAGCGCUCUCAAAGCUUGUGCUGGAAUGGGUCUUAAGGAAUUGGGAAGACAGUUGCACUCUAGCUUACUAAAGAUGGAUAUACGAUCAGAUUCUUUUCUUGCAGUUGGGCUCAUAGAUAUGUAUUCCAAGUGUGACUUAAUGACUGAUGCAAGACUGCUUUUCAAUUUAAUGCCAGAGAGGGACUUGAUUGUGUGGAAUGCUGCGAUAACUGGACAUUCUCAAAAUGGGGAAGAUUUAGAAGCUGUCUCUCUUUUUCCUUCGAUGCACAAGGAGGGAGUAGGAUUCAACCAGAUAACCUUAUCGACAGUUCUUAAAUCAGUAGCUAGCUUGCAAGUUGACCAUAUAUGCAGCCAAAUUCAUGCACUUUCUUUGAAAUCAGGGUUUCAGUUUGACAAUUAUGUUGCAAACAGCCUUAUUGAUACAUAUGGAAAAUGCGGUCGCAUAAAAGAUGCGACCAGAAUAUUCCAAGAAAGCCCAUUUGUAGAUUUGGUGGCUUUUACAUCUAUGAUUACAGCUUAUUCUCAAGAUGGACAAGGUGAAGAAGCUCUAAAGCUCUACCUGGAAAUGCAAGAUAGGAAGAUCAGGCCAGAUUCAUUUGUUUGCAGUUCCCUCCUGAAUGCAUGUGCAAAUUUGUCAGCAUAUGAACAAGGAAAACAAGUUCAUGUUCAUGUCUUGAAGUUUGGAUUCAUAUCAGAUAUUUUUGCCGGAAAUUCUCUUGUUAACAUGUAUGCCAAAUGUGGAAGCAUAGAUGACGCAGACCGUGCUUUUUCUGAAAUACCCGAGAGAGGAAUAGUAUCAUGGUCUGCUAUGAUUGGAGGAUUUGCUCAACAUGGGCAUGGAAAAGAGGCCCUCCAAUUAUUCAAUCGGAUGCUAGAAGAUGGCAUUCCUCCUAAUCAUGUAACUCUAGUUAGUGUACUUUGCGCAUGUAAUCAUGCAGGUUUGGUUGCUGAAGCCCAAAAUUACUUUAAAUCAAUGGAAAAGGUGUUUGGUAUUGAGCCUAUACAGGAGCAUUAUGCUUGCAUGAUUGAUCUCCUUGGUCGAGCAGGAAAAUUAGACGAGGCAAUGAAGCUCUUAGAUAUGAUGCCAUUUGAAGCUAAUGCUUCAGUGUGGGGGGCCCUUCUUGGCGCUGCAAGAAUCCAUAAGAAUAUUGACCUCGGAAAACAGGCUGCUGAGAUGCUUUUUACUCUAGAACCCGAGAAAUCAGGUACCCAUGUUCUGCUUGCAAACACUUAUGCAUCAGCUGGCAUGUGGGAUGAUGUAGCAAAGGUGAGAAGACUGAUGAAAGACAGCAAGGUGAAGAAGGAGCCUGCAAUGAGUUGGAUUGAGGUAAAAGACAAAGUACACACAUUUAUAGUAGGAGAUAGAAGCCAUUCUAGAAGUAAAGAAAUCUAUGCAAAGCUCGAGGAGUUGGCUGACCUCUUAAAUAAGGUUGGCUAUGUUCCCAUGGUGGAGAUUGACCUGCAUGAUGUUGAACGAAGUGAGAAAGAGCAGCUUUUAUACCACCACAGUGAGAAACUAGCAGUUGCCUUUGGCCUGAUAGCGACCCCACCUGGAGCACCCAUUAGGGUGAAAAAGAAUCUUCGAGUUUGUUUGGACUGUCAUACUGCGUUCAAGCAUAUUUGUAAAAUUGUCUCAAGGGAGAUAAUUCUGAGAGAUAUCAAUAGAUUCCACCAUUUCAAAGAUGGUUCAUGUUCUUGUGGGGAUUAUUGGUAACGUUCAGAGACAAUAAUGGUUGUCCGACAAAAAGAUAGAUUUUUUAACGACAAGGGGCAUGUUGAAAAGCCUAAUAUAGAUGUUUUUUAUUAAUUUUUAAGCGAUGCCUAAUAUAGAUGUUCAGUUCUUUUA